GUUCCCUUGGACGCCUGUUGGUAAACAGAUCAUGGAUGAUUUCUAAAAUAAUUCGAUCAACUGUCCUAUUUUCUCGAAGUUUCAUGCUGUUCUUUUCCUUGACGAACAAAAACAGCAUUGAAAUCCAUUAAGAAAAACAAGUUUCCAAGAUUAGUCUGUGUAACACAUGGGAUAUUUAGGUUAAACGUAUUUUUAUGAUAAAGAUCGCCCUUAUUUUUGUCAUGUCUUUGGAGUAUUCGGUUAUUGAAUCAUGAAAGAAGAAUCAACCGAAGAAGCCCAAGACGAUCAAGAACAGAGCACCAUCGAAAAUCCACGAGACGAUAAAAGUGACAAGCAUAGAGGGCCAUGGAGAAGCCCACUAAAGAAGCAUGUGCUGUCUAUUUUUACUCCACCUGUCUCUGUAUGAUAAGAUAUUGGAGUUUAAAGCAUCUUAUGAAAUGUCUUCUGGACAUUAGGAAGCAUGUGUCGUCUACGUUUAUCCCAAUGAUCAGCAAGUAUAUGUCAGAGGAAGAGCUGUCCUCUCAUGUCCAAAAACAGUUAACGAUUGAGCGAGAGAGAUAUGAGGAGCCCUUACCUGAGGAACCUUCAGAGGAAGAAAAGAGGAAAAUGGAGAGAAGACAAGCAAGGCAGCAGAGGAAGAAGAAACACGCCUCUCACCAUGGCUCCAUCCUCAGCUCUAGUAGUGAAGUCAGCAUCUCAGUACAGAGUGAAGAGGUGGAGGAGAAAGACCUUGAAAAAAUCAAACUAAGAGAACAUGCCCGAUCUCGCAUGCUGGAUGACUUGGAGCUUCUUCGUGACUACUAUAAGCAAAUCUAUUCAAAGGCGCUGACUGACAAAGUGAGCAAUCAGCGCAAGCAGCUCAAGGAAAGGUGGCAGAAAGAGGAAGAGAGGGAAAGAAGAAAACAAAGAAAGGAGGAGAGAAAAAGACACAAGGUUAUUAUAAGGCUACCCAAGUCAGAAGUCAUGAAUGAUUUAAGCUUCAAACAGAGAAUUCCUGAGACAGGAUAUCACAAGAUCAUCAGACUAGAGCAUCAACUAAAGAAAGAGGGUUACCUAUCAAAAAUAUCUGAAAUCAAGAUGUUCUGGGAUUAUAUCAUGACACCCCAAAACCUGGAAAAGGUCUUAGAAAAAGGGCAGUUUCGCUGGUCUGAUAUUCUUGAGUAUGAAAAGCAGCAAAGAGCUAGGUCCCAGACCCCUGACCCUGAAACUCAUAGCCAAACAUGGGCGGUUACCAAUGUAGAGGAGCUUCGGGCUGCAAAUGCUGCCAUGCGGAAUUGGCGAAGCACCACUCACCCAAGAGCUAAUCUUUUUUCGCCUAGCGGACUGACUGAUAUUUCUAGUAGUCGCAGUGGUCGUCAAACCUCAUCCCCCAGCAAGCCAAAGUCAGCCAAAACCACCACCUCUCCUUCGGUGCUAACCAUGGAACAGAAGUUCCCUAAGGUUGAAUUUCCACCACUGGCUGCCUACCAACUUGUGUUUGGAGACGAUGAACCUGAUCCAGAAGAGGUAGCAAAAGAAAUGGAGCAGCAAGCAAGACUAGAUGCCCGUCGAGAAACUCGGCGAAAACUGAUCACGAUGUUCUCACAUGCUUUGGCCAACAGAGCAGCUACACAGAGGCUGAUGGACAGGAAUCCUGAAUACAGUUUUGACAAACAUCUUAACACAACCUCAGUCAGAGAUAUUAUGACCCGAGGAGCAGACUCUGCCAGGAGCAGGACCCCCCUGGCUGUAGAGGCCGUGGACCCCCUGACCGUGGACCCCCUGACCGUGGACCCCCUGACCGUGGCGGCGCUGGAAGCCCAUAACCAGGCACAGUUAGCAAUCGAAAGUGGAGAGGGGGCUGGGUAUGAGCUCACCCAUGAUAGAGGAGCCUCCACGAGUCAGGGGUCAGAAGGUCAAGGUGACAAUGUUACAGAGAGAAGAGCUUCACCAGUCAGGUUACCACCAGUGCCAGUACCGCUGACUAUGAACAUUGUAACAGAGAGAUUUCCUGUUCAGGAAGCGAAAGGAUUGAGUACACUGUGGGUCAACCCAGCUGGAAAAAUAUGCUGAGGUCGUCUUCCUUUUGUAAAGCAAGACAAGAAUCGUAAAUGGUCGUCAAGCAUUCGACACGAAUCGUGAAUGGUCGUGAAGCAUUCGACACAAAUCGUGAAUGGUCGUCAAGCAUUCGACAAGAAUCGUAAAAGGUCGUCAAGCACUCGACACAAAUCGUGAAUGGUCGUCAAGCAUUCGACAAGAAUCGUAAAUGGUCGUCAAGCACUCGACACAAAUCGUGGUCGUCAAGCAUUCGACAAGAAUCGUAAAUGGCCGUCAAUCAUUCAACAAAAAUCGUGAAUGGUCGUCAAGCAUUCGACACAAAUCGUGAAUGGUCGUGAAACGUUCGACACAAAUCGUAAAUGGUCGUCAAGCAUUCGACACAAAUCGUGAAUGGUCGUCAAGCAUUCGCCAAGAAUCGUAAAUGGUCGUGAAGCAUUCUACACAAAACGUAAAUGGUCGUCAAGCAUUCGACACAAAUCGCAAAUGGUCAUCAAGCAAACGAGGCAAAGACGUUGGCAAUUGAUCGUGAAUUUUCUUUGGACACAUAUUUUGAAUGGUCGCUUGCCAUAUCGUGAGUGCCAUAUAUAUUAUAACUGAUUGUAAAUAAACGUCCUAAUUUCCAAA